UAACCUUUAACUUGACAAUACGAGUCCAGGCAUGCGUUUUCGUGAAUGACACGAUAGAGGUUCAAACAAAAACUUGAGAUGGUUUUUGCAUUUCUUAUCUAUACCAACGUCAGUCAAAAGUCAAACCUACAAUGUAUGUAUAAUCUGUUGCCAUUGAUGUAUAAAAAUAGAAAUGCUCAAAUAAUUCCACUUGCACCUAAUUUAAAAGCUUAUUCAGAUGUACUUACAAGUAUUAGAUCAGUAAUUCAGUACCAUGACAAAUAUUCUAUCCUACGUGGGCAUGAACGUGCAGUCCGAGGUGUGCCUGUGGACUAUCCUUGGUCUCCUGCGAACCAUUUUUGAUGCAACUUUGUUUAAAGUUAACGCUAAUUUGAAACAGGUAUGGCAGAUGAGCAUGCCAGCAGAAAUAUCUAUGCCGGUGCAAAGAGUGCUGCGCACCAUGAUCUCCGGUAUCAUGUUGGUGCAGUGCUUCACCGUCUACAUUUACCUUGCUACGUAUAUCGUCUUGCUGUACCCUGCUUUCCUGGAGGAGCGCCCUACUUUAGUGUUGCCAUGGUUGCUGAUGGCGGCGAUCCGGAAGCUGCUGUGCGAACUGCUGGGCCUUGCGCUGGGGCUGGGCACGUGCGUGCUGGUGGGCGCCGCCCGCCCGCCCUGCGUCAAGUUCGUCAUCGUCAAGAUUGCCUCUAUCAUGCCUUCCGUCUAUAUGUGGAUGCUUGUUCUGAAUUACUAUAAGACUUUGAAAGUGGCAUCAGUGUUUCAAAAGUUCCCGAAAGCUGUACCAGCGAAUGAUCUCGACUACGGCCUCGAGCUCGCUAUACGACGGCGACGCACCAAGUCUUUACUAGGCGAAGCGCAGCUACGGAGACGAUUAUUAUCUAACUGGUAUGUAGAACGACCACAACUUUCUGAUCCACCGGCGCUUGCUUCUCGUGUAACUGUUGAUAUGCCAAACACUGCAUCAGAAACAAUUGAUGAUCCCGAUAAAAAGACAGAUGCUGCCAGUACAGAUAUUGCUAGCAGUACUGACAAUAUCAAAUGUUCAUCAAUUACAGGAACUUAUGAAGAUUACUUUGGUAAUGAAAUAACAGUGCCCCGCAACACGGAUCGCAUUACAGAGCAAUUGGUACUGAUGUUACUGAGAAUAAGUGCGUAUUUAAGGAACACAAAGUACGAAGGUAUAGAACUGUUUGAGUCACACCAAGUUCUUGUUUCAUCGUCAAAUGCCAUCGUCAAUUUUGAAACUUGCCCGGCUCUGACAAAUCAAACUGAUGACAAUCCACCAUUAGUCGGAAGUAGUAAAGAAAAUACGGCUUCCUAUUUAAGACUGUAUCCACAAAUAUUUAUGAAAGGCUCAUCUGAUUAUCAAACACUCCGAAAUUUUGAUUCAAUUAGAACGGUUCAAAGUUCCAUUAUUAGUAAAUUUACUGAGACUUCAGAACAGCAAUCAAUUGCAGCUGUAAGUAGAAAAAAUACCAUAUUAAUAAAAGAAACGUCAACAAAUAGUGUACGAAUGCCUAGUAUUGAAAACAAAGAAAAGAAAGCUGUAAAUUUAAGUGAAACGAAUAAAGAACAACAAUUGAAACAGGAAUCUAAAAUAAAUGUUGGCGAAAAAGUAGUGAAAAUAAAAUCACACGAGUGUAUCAGACCUAAAAGUGAUUUGUCAGUUGAUUCGAAGAAUAGUUUGUGUGCCCUUAUUACUAAAAUGCAGUCACAAUUAGCAGAAAUUAUGUCUUGUAGACAAAACAGUCUAAUAAAUGAGGAUUCAAUACAAUAUCCAAAUUCUUCAUAUGAAAGUAGUAAGGCCGAAAAGGGUAAUAAUAAUAAAGGAAAAUAGGUAAACAAUAAAACUAUGAACGCAAUAAAGCUCA